CCUCGCCGCGCCGCGCGGAGACCAAGCGCCCACCAUUCUCCAAAAACACGCAGCCCCCUCCGCGCUACCGUUCCAACUCCACACUUCUCCUCCUCUCCUCUCCUCUCCUCUCCUCCCUCUCCCCGCCUCGGAUCCCCUUUCCUCCCGCCCCCGGCCGCGGCGCGCGACGCCUCCGCCCGGCCCCGGAUGGGGUACCUCUCCUGCCGGGCGGACUCGUCCGCGGCGACGUGCCGCUCCAUCACGGCCAUCUCGCCGCUCCCCAUCUCUCGCCGCGCGAGGGGCCCCGCCGCCGCCGCCGCGCCGCCGCCCGCCGCCCCGCCGGAGAUCGAGCGCUUCGCGUACGACGACCUGGAGGCCGCCACGUCCCGCUUCGCCGACGCCGCGCUGCUCGGGCGGGGCAGCCACGGGGCCGUCUACAAGGCCGUGCUCCCCUCGGGCCGCGCCGUCGCCGUCAAGCGCCCCUCCCCGCGCCGCGCCGAGGUGGACAACGAGAUCCGCAUCCUCUCCUCCGUGCGCGGCCCGCGGCUCGUCAACCUCCUCGGCUACUCCGACCCCGGCCCCGGCCCCGACCCGCUCCGCCGCCCGCGCCUGCUCGUCGUCGAGUACAUGCCCAACGGCACGCUCUACGACCUGCUCCACUCCAACCCGCGCCCGCCGGGAUGGCCGCGCCGCGUCCGCCUCGCGCUGCAGACCGCCAGGGCGCUCCGCGCGCUCCACGACGCCGAGCCCGCCGUCAUCCACCGCGACGUCAAGUCCGCCAACGUCCUGCUCGACGCCCACCUCGACGCGCACCUCGGCGACUUCGGCCUCGCCCUCCGCGUCCCCAAGAGGGACGGCGGCCCCGGCAAUGCCGCCACGCCGGCGCCCGCGGGCACGCUCGGGUACCUCGACCCGGCCUACGUCACCCCGGAGAGCCUCAGCACCAAGACGGACGUCUUCAGCUUCGGGAUCCUGCUGCUGGAGAUCAUGAGCGGACGCAAGGCCAUCGACGUUCAGUACUCGCCGCCCUCCGUCGUCGAGUGGGCGGUUCCCCUGCUACGCAAGGGGAAGGUCGUCGCGCUCUUUGACCCACGGGUGGCGCCGCCCCGCGACCCAGUCACUCGGAGGGACCUGGCUUCGCUGGCUGCAAGCUGUGUGCGGUCCUGCCGGGAGCGACGGCCUUCCAUGGCUGACAUUGUUGAGCGGCUCGCCGUCAUCAGCAAGGCGGUGUCUGCCAAGGUGUGGAACGGGAUGGCGGUGGUAGGGAACCCUUGUGCCAUUGUUGAUGUUCAGAAGACCAUCUCGAAGCGAGCUGCUGCAUCGGAGAAGGAAUCGACUUCAGCAUUGGCAUUUGAUGAUGAUGAAAAGGAGGCAGAUGCAACCUUGGAGGAGCUGGUGCCGCUGGUGGGUGCCAAGAAACCACCACGGCCACUGAAGAACGGAAAGGUGUUCUCUGAGGCAGGGGAUGGUGAGAGGAGAAAUCUCUUGGAGCUGAUGGCUCGGAUUGAUGGUGUUGCUGGCCAAAGAUUUGGCAUUAGUCGAGCGAGAACAGUGCGCGGCACUAGUGAUCUGAUACAAAAGGAUGCAGUCUUGAUCCUGAGGAGGAACCAAACCGUAAGAGUGGUUGAAUCGGAUGUACUCGGUAAAGUUGAAAGGGUUUCACGUUCAGAUGCAAGCAUCAAGCAUAAACCGGCAAAAGAAUUUCAAGAGAAACCAGAGAAAAUGCAUGACAAGGCCGAUGGAGUGCAAGAGAAAGCAGAGAAAAUCCAAGAUAAGGCGGAUGAAAUUCAAGAGAAAGCAGAGAAAAUCCAAGAUAAGGCGGAUGGAGUGCAAGAGAAAGCAGAGAAAAUUCAAGAGAAGGAAGGUAAAAUCCAAGAAAAGCUAGGCGAAACCCUUGACAAAGCAGAGAAAAUCCAAGAAAAUCCAAGGAAAACUGAGAAUAUCCAAGAAAAGACUGGGCAAAUCCUUGAGAAAGCUGAGAAAAUCCAAGGCAUGCCUGAGAAAGUCCAAGAAAAUGAAAGAAAAAUCCAAGAGCACACGGAGUUAGUCCAACACAAUGUGGAGAAGAUCCAAGACAAGGCUGAGAAAAUCCAAUGCAAGUUGAAAGAAAGUUAAAAUUACACAAUUAUUCUUGAGGCCAGCUUGAUGAAUUAUUGUUGGCAGUCGAUCUCAAGGACAAAGCUCAUGAAGUCAUGAGGUACCACCAAUCUUGCUCUUCUGGUGCUGGGAUGGUAAUAUCUGAUCUAUCCAAAUAGGAUGGCCUGGCUGUGACUUGUGAUGAUUUACCAGUAAGACCUAGGAAUUCAAAUCCUAGCUAGGUGGUCCGUCAUUUGCAGCAUUACCACUGUGCCAGCAAUGUUUAUCAAGGUCACAUGGUACUGGUACUGUGGAAACUCUGAAGUCUGAACGACAACACAGUCCAGCACGUCGUGAGAUGAUGAUACAGCACUUCUGUUAAUGCAAUCCACACUCCGUGUAAGCAACUGAUGUUCAUUUUGCUGCUUCAGAUCAAAUCAUGUGGAGCUUCAAAAUGAACAUCCGUUGAAGGCGGCAUGCAUAGUUGGAAUAGAUUGUUGUUGUAGCUUUUGUGCAGCUUCCUUGAUUCUUUUUCCUGUGUCUGCGUACAAGAAUCACCAAGUGCUCUCAUUGAUUUGUAUGUAAACAGGACGGCAGAUGAAGUGGAUCUUAAGAGGGAUUUUUUUUUUGACAUUUCCAUCUUAUCUUGAGAAGGUACAUAAAGAACUGCCACCCUGCAAUGCUCUUA